GAUCACACGUUAAGCCCAGAUGACCAGGACUUGUGGGAUGACUGCUUCUUGGCUCGGUGUGAACUGACGGACCAGCUGACUGACCUCGACAACCAGCUGGCAGAGUACGUGCUGGAGAAGGAGUCCAUAGAGCAAUACCUCCACAUGUGCGUGGCACAAGAGCUCAGAGAGGUGCACCUUCUUGAUAAUGAGCAUCGUUCUGGGUGGCCUUCCACUGAGAGAAAUGACCAGCUUGUCCAUGAAGAUCGUAGGGUGAUCAUCCAUGAGAUUGCUGAGCGGCCCGACCUCUCAUAUGGAAAUGGUCAGAAGCUGUAUAAUAUUAAUGCAGAUCAGACGGAAAAAGUUGGACGAGUUUUGAUAGCCUAUGACUUCAAGGAGGUGUCAACCAUCAAGGCCGGGAAUAUUGUGGUUAUUACUGGACUAAAGAUCACCAGCACGGGCGACACGUUGGUUGGCAGUUCCUCAGUUGCCAACAGUGUGAAAAAGAAGUUGGCGGACGAGAACAGAGAGUCCCAGGCAGCCAUGUUGUUGGGCGUACAGGUUCCCGAUCCUGUCUUCUUCUGCUCUGUGGAGGCUCCCUCUACGUCACACCAGAAGGCUCUAGAGGAUGCUCUCGGUCAGCUACAGAGAGAAGACCCAAGUUUACACGUCACGCUCGAUCAAGACACCGGCCAAACUGUUCUCUCAGGUAUGGGAGAACUUCACCUUGACAUUAUCCGGCAUAGAAUCAAUAAAGAGUACAAGGUGGAGGCUGAGUUGGGCCCACUACAGGUCUCCUACAAAGAAACUUGUAGAACUUCCUGUACUCACACCAUUAAUGUCAACAAAAUGAUUGGUGAUAGUAAACAGGCCGUCACAUUAACACUCUCCAUUAAGCCUCAACCAAACUACAAAUUCAAGUCAUUAGAACUGAGUUUCUCUAAAGACAACCAAGAAAAUCUACACGCCAUCCGCCGCCACCACAUGUCCGCCUUGAACCGUGGUGUGAGUUCUGCCCUGACGAAUGGUCCCAUCCUGGGCUUUCCAGUUGUGGACCUCAAGGUAGCAUUACACUGGCUAGACAUUGGCCGCGGGACGUCAGAGACCAUAAUUGCAGCGGCUGCAGCUCAGUGCAUUCACCAGAUAAUGCAAAAAACCCAGUGUGAACUCCUUGAACCUGUCAUGGAGGUGGAGGUGGUGACGAGUGAAGAGCACACCUCCUCUGUUCUUGCCGACAUCUCCCGCAGAAGAGGAAAUGUUCUCAAGGUCUCACAUCGUCAGGAUAUGAGGGUAGUGACCUUAGAGUGUCCACUAGCAGAGCUGAUGGGUUACUCCACAGUCCUCCGCACUCUUACCUCGGGUACAGCAACCUUCGCGAUGGAACUCUCCGACUACAGACCGAUGAGUCCUCAGGACCAGGCAGCAGCAAUAGAGGCUGUCACAGGAUUUGCUCCAUUGUAGAAGAAUCGAGGAUGUGAGGUGGCAGAUUGGGGGUUGCCACCAGUUCUAACUCGGAGGUGUAGGGUAAGGUGAACUGUAAGAACAAAAUGAAGAUAUAAAAGGAGCUAGGAGUAAAUUAUGGAAGAGAACUCACUGUGACUACUAGCUACCUGUUGCCUCUAGAGCCACAGUGGGACAUCUUCAAGUUGGUUGGUGCAUCUGUGGAUGAUCUCAGGAAGUGCCUGACAGUUUACCUCCGGCUUCACCUCUCACCUUGGGACAGAACAAUGUGCACAUCUCCAUAACUUUGUCCUUUUUAUCAUUAUGGAGCCUAGAUUGUGGUGUUGCCAAAACAAAACAUAAGCUUUUAGAUGGACUUUGUAUAUAAUAAAUGUAAAGAUAUACUGUACAGUGAAGUGCAGAGAACCAUAAGUAAGAUAUUAAAGAUAUUUAUAAUAAA